AUGCCGCGGAGUCGCGAUUUUAUUGAUGCGCAUUGGUUCUACAGCAGCGAUGAAGAUUCUGAAAGGUAUAUCGAAAAAAUGUUGAUAAUGAUAAAUGAUCGUAGAAGCACGGAAUCAGCCGACGGAAAUUUUGAGCCGCCACAUGAACCAGAAUCAACGGAAGAUUACCGCGGGCCGAGCAAUUCAAUAAGUUGCUUUCAAAUGUCAACGUUGGUUGUUUUUUGCUCACUGUUCAAUUGUUCUUUUUUAUAUGUGCCAAACUUUUUGCCCUUAUGUAAGUAGUUUCAACCGUUUCCGUGUCGAAGUCCCAACGUUUUUUAUUGAAAGUUGCCCAACCAUCUGCCUUGACACAAUGCGUUUUUCUUCUAUUUUUUCGCAAGUAGCGCUUAUAUCAAUAUGCUUUAGGCGUAUCUUUAUUGUCUUGAAGAGCUUCUAUUAGAUUGAUCAAUACGGUUUCCGUUGGCAGUGAUUUAGACGUGUCAAAUAUUUAUACGGGUCUUUUACGGCCAAAAGUUUUUUUGCUUCCUCGAAUAUCCUGUUACGUAUACAUAUCUUCAGUUUUUUGCUCGUUGUUUUUGUUACUUAUGUCUAUCUGUUUCCAUUGAUGAUCCUGAUUGCUUUUAAUGUUUUCAAUUCGUUUCAAUAAAUUUGGAAACAGUUUCAAACGCGAUGAGAUGAGUUUACUGCGGAUGUGUUAACGAUUCGCAUUCAAUAAGGGUUUCUCUAUUUCCUCCCGGAGCUAUUUCAGAAAUUUUCCGUGCCCCCCCCCCCUAAAAAAAUUCGUAGGGGCCCCUAUAGGGUUUCAUUUAGGGACCCCUAUAGGGCCCCCUCCAAGGGGCCCUAAUUUACCCCCUAUAGGGCCCCCUAAAACUUAUCCCAGUAUUAGACGAAAUGUGACCUUCUUCGCUUCGCUUCGUUUUCUUAGUCUUUUUUUGUAGUUUUGUAUAUAGAGAAAAAAAUUGCAAAAAAAGCUGUUUUUAUACGUAGCUUUUUAUCCUGUAUUUUGAUUUUUUUUUAAGUUACUGUCUUGCGCAAAAAGCAUUAUAUAAUCUAUAUGCAUAUCUAUAUGCCUUAUAUGGCUUAAGCUCUUGAAAAUCUCGGAGUUAGUUUCGAAAAAAAAACCUCAAGAAAAAAUGGCCCGCCCGGCCCGAAUCGCGCAAUUUUUUUCUAGUCGGAUAUCAAGUUUUUUUACGACAAAAAUUACGUUUUUUUGCUCAUUUUUUUCUCAAAGUUUAACAAAAAAACUAUGAUUUCAGAAGUAAAAGUCGCAUUUCGAUGAAAAUUUUUUUAAAUGAAAUUUUUUUAAUGAAGCCCGGCCCUGCCCGAGCCCACGCGGGCUUUUUUUCCUGAAAAUGAGGCCCAAAGCCCGGCCUGACGCACAAGCCUGCGUUUCUCCAAUGAACACGCCAUAAACUUUUUCCUUCACGGUAGAGCGCUCUUGUUCAUCUCCUGGCGCGAAGUUCGAAAUCUUCAACGAUUUUUAUGCCGUGUUCAAAGUGAUUCCGCGAAAUUCAAAAUAGCCGUCAGAGAAAGAGAAAGAUAACUAAAUUUUGGAGGGUCAGAGACCAUUUUGCAUUUCGCGGAAAUUACUUUGAACACGGCAUUAUAUUGACCGAAUUAUUCUUCCUUUAUUUUUGUUGGUUAGCGCGUUCAAAGUAAUUUCGCAGAAUAUGAAAAAAUAAAAAGAACUGAGGAUCUUUUCAAAGGAAUCAUCAGUUUUGACUUAUUCAUCCGCCGAACUCACUUUGAAUGUGCCUUACAUCCACUUAUAAUUGGAGUUCAAACUAGUUCAUGAAGCUUCAAACAUUGUUUUUUUUCUAUUUCCGAUAAGUUUCAAAACUCAAAUUGUUUUUUCUUCCAGAAAAUGGCUAAUUCCAGUAAUAUAAAUUUGUUCCGAGGCCUACAUGAUAUUUCCCCUUCUAACUCUGAAGAGAAUGGUAUAAGAUUUAUUGUUCCUUUUGAGGCUCAGUUUUUUCAGAAGUUAUGCUUUCAACAUUUGAAGUGGAUGAGAGUUUGGAGAAAAUUUUCAACGAUUCGUUCUACGAGCGACAGGAGAAUAACAUGUAUCAUUUUUAGUAGUUCUUUUUAUGAGUUUCAUUUUCUUCUGUUUUUAUUCAGUGUUUUUUGUUUAGAAGAACGUUACACAUGCGACCUGACGUUGUCUCCACUUAUCGAACUCCCGGCGUUUUCAAGUUUCGGCGAAGAACCAGCAUGGAGCCACGGAUAGGUUUGCUGAUAAAGAUCAUUAAAUUAAAAAUUUAUCUAAGUUUUUUUUGUGUCGAGCGAUCAGCCUUGUAAAGUUAAAUUCGAUAUAUAUAUAUAUAUAUAUUAUUUAAAUAAAAGAUGCGGAUUCCUCGAAGCGAAACUUCAAUGUUUGUGUUUAUGUGUGUGGGAUUUUUCAUUUUGAAAAUUAUUCUUGCAGACUACUUCAACCAUUACCCCGUCCCUGAUCACAUUAUCCAAGACUUUCUCUCUUUAUUGAAUAAACGAGAUCUGUGUAGCGCAAUGCGCACUUGUAGGCGGUUCGCUAUGCUUGCGUUAGUUUGGGCAAAGAGAAUGCAGAGUAAUUGCCUUCGAGUUCAGAUCUUCUUCCAACCAGUGGAAAGCGACAGAUUUGGGCGGAAAAACUAUAAGCGACGCCGGCUUAGUUUCAAUUCUCAAUAGACGGUCUUCAGUGAUUCGUCUCUGCGCUUCCCAGGUUUUUUCUGUCUUUUUAUUGUUUUAAAAAUGUUUUAGGUCACUAUUUUCCGUUCAAGACUCAUGCCUCAGCUGAUGCUGCAGUCUCCUCUCCUGCUGACACAUUUGGACCUUUCGGGUACCAUGUUCGACGAUCCUUCGCUUCUUGUGUCUAUCCUGCACAGUUGCAAUCAGCUUCGAGUUUUGUCUCGCCCAAACUUUUUCAAGAGAUGAAUUUAUAGUGUUUAUCGCUUGAAAACCAGAAGAUCAAUGACAUUAUCUGCCAUUUGAUCAGUAAAAAUCGGAUGAUGGCCUUUCUUGAUCUUUCCAUGACUACGGGAAUCAGUUCUUCAGGUGCUGAAGCGAUCUGCGAAAGCUGCAGGGGGUACUUUAACUUUUAUUUAUGCAAAGUCAAACAGAUUCUCAAAGUCCUAUAAAGUCGUUUUCGUACUUUAUAAAAUUUUAUCUCGGAUUGUUUUUUGGAUUUCACUGCGUCUCUGAUUUAAGUAAAUUUGGAGAGAAUUGAAUUUUUCCUAUCAAUACCGUUUAGUGAACUCCGCCAAAAAAUGGAGUAUAAAAUCAUCCUCUUUAGAAAAAAUGUACUAAGGUUUUAAUGGAUUUUCGGAAACUGUUUCACACCAUAGACGGGAAAGUCCGUGAAGACUUCUAGAUGUUAUAAAAGUAAAGAUUCUACGACCUUUUUCCUGAUUAGAUAAAAAUAGGCUACGAGAGCUGAACGUGUCUUGGAGUUCGAUAAACUUCGCCGCUGUGCAAAUGUUCUGCGCGAAGUUGCCGCCGUCGCUGACCGCCUUGAACAUGGCGGGAACCCUGGACAAGUCGGCCAUCACCGACGUCUGUAGGUCAAACCCUGUGGACACUUCUGACAGAGUUGCAGCUGUCGGAAAGCUGGUCAAGUCGUGUCCAAACCUUCGAGACCUCGACCUCUCAGACAACAAUGAAAUCACGGAAGUGUCUCUUAUUGCCAUCACCAAAGAACUUCGCUCUCUCGAGAUUCUGUCGCUCAAUCGUUGCUACAGCAUAAAUCCAGUUCAUUUUUGGUACGAUCAUCUGAAAUUCCAAAUUCAGAUUGAAAACACAAUACUGAACAAGAUAGACUAUAUUGAAACGGUUAUAUAAUUUGAUGCUGGAUUCUUUCCAUGCCAACUUAUUUUCUGAUAAUCUUCCUAUAUUCACAGAAAUGUAUUUUGGGUAAGUAAAAACUAAGUUAUUUCCUUUAGUUAAUAGUAGGAUAUCGCAACAAUAAAACAAAUCGUUAUGAACCUAAUUUCCGCUUCUUCUUUUCGACACUCCAAAGAAAAAAAGCGUAAACGUGUGACAGGUUCCUUGAAUUUACUGAUUUUUCACUCAAAAAUUGAACGCUUUCGAAAUCUUUUUUACAAUCGAAAUUUUUCAGCACUCACUGCAAAACUAUUCGCAGCCUCAAUAUUCACGGAUGUGUAGUAGGCGAGCGCAUCGAGAGCAUGGCAAUGUCUCUGCCUCAUACACAGGUACACUCUUUUCCUUGAGAAAUAACUACGACCUUUUUCAGAUCAACAAGAACUUGCUCAACUACACGGCGAAGGCGGCGGGACCUGCCCACAGCACUCGAAUCUGGGGCCAGCGUGUUUCAGAUUUGUAUUAA